GUGGCGGAGCGUGAGCGUAAGGAGGAGGAGUGGAGACAGAGGAGGAUGAAGCUACAGAGGCUCCCCCUGUUGGCUGAGACGGAGACGGGCUACCGCAGGCUGAUGAGCAGGUUGAGAGAGGUGGUGGAGAACCCCCACUCCGGCUUGGCGGGGAAGAUGUUCGCCUGCUUCUCUGUGAUCAUGGUAGUUGUGACAGUCAUCAGCCUCUGUAUCAGCACCAUGCCUGAUCUACGCCAGGAGGAGAGCAAGGGCGAGUGUUCCCAGAAGUGUCAUCACAUGUUUGUUGUGGAGACGGUGUGUGUAGCCUGGUUCUCCCUGGAGUUCACGCUGCGGUUCCUCCAUGCUCGCUCCAAACUAGAAUUUGCCCGCGGGCCCCUGAACAUCAUCGAUGCUGUGGCCCUCCUACCCUACUACAUUUCUCUGGUGGUGGUUGAGAACAACAUGACUCUGGAGGAUGGCAGUGCAGGGGCAGGUAGGGGCUACCUGGACAAGCUAGGUCUGGUCCUGCGUCUGAUGCGUGCGUUGCGUAUCCUGUACGUGAUGCGGCUGGCGCGUCACUCCCUGGGCCUCCAGACCCUGGGCCUGACCAUGCAGCGCAGCACCCGAGAGUUCAGCCUCCUCCUGCUCUUCGUCACCGUCGGCAUGGCCCUCUUCUCUCCCAUGGUGCACCUGGCCGAGAGCGAGCUGGCGCCCAACGCCGCCACCGCGCCCCAGCACAGCUUCAGCAGCAUCCCAGCCUCCUAUUGGUGGGCCAUCAUCUCCAUGACGACCGUGGGCUACGGGGACAUGGUGCCGAGGAGCAUCCCGGGUCAGGUGGUGGCGCUGAGCAGCAUCCUGAGUGGGAUUCUCAUCAUGGCGUUUCCUGCUACUUCCAUCUUCCACAUGUUCUCCAGGAGCUACCAGGAGCUGAAGCUGGAGCGCGAGAGGCUGUGGAAGGAGGAGACGGGGGCCGCUCUGGCCGCUGACAACCUGGACAGCAGGAGGAAGAGGGAGGAGGAGAGGGAGGAGGAGAGGAAGGCGGAAGCUGUCGCGGAAGCGGAUAGUUACUGGCCCAGAAGCCGGGACUCUGUGGAGUCUCUGUGCCAGUCCCUUGGAGGAGGGAACAGAGGGAUGAUGGGAGGGAUGACAGAGGGGCAGCAGGCUCCUGAUCAGGAGAUCCACCCCUUCAGGAGAUCUAUGGCGGAAGGCCAGGGAUACUAUCGGUUGUUCCUUAGAAAGUUCCUGUCUAAAGAACUGUCAUAG